AAGUUCUAAACGAAUCUUAGUGUAUUUUCCUUUAUUGACAUUUAAAACAUGAACAAUAUUCUUUUCUUACUGUGAGAGCCAUAAGCACCAAGGCCAACAGCUGCUGCUCCACUUAAAGCAGCAAGCUUUACGUAAGGUCCUGCAGCUGCUGCUAACUUCCAUAAAGGUAUCGGUGGUGACAUUUUUUCUAUUACUUUCUGGGCAGGUAUUAUAGCACUCAAUAUCUAUACAAAUGUUUAUUUUUCACUUAAAUAGAUGCAUUGAUAUUGCAAUGUAUUUAGAAGAUGUGCCAAGGUUGUAUUGCAAAAAUCGGACUACGUCACUGAGUACAAUAAUUUUAAUUAUGCAUAACUAAAAGAAUAUACUAGGAUUUAUAUUUUUCUAACAAUUAUUUUCAAGUAUUUCGAUAAAGUAUUGGAAAAAUAGAAUUAUAGUAGAUGAUCUAUGAAUAAGAACCGGUUCCAGUACGUAUGUCCUACUUAAGAGGCGAUCGACAUAGCGGGGGUAAUUACAACGGUACUUUCGUUGACUACGACUUAGCGUUUUAAACACAACUACUCUGCACUCAGUCGCAGGUGCAUCGACAAAUGAUACUAGAAUUGUAUGUUCUAUCAUGUCCGAUGAGAAGAAACAGAAAAAAGAAGAUAAAAAAGUGGAUGCCGAUCAUAUAGUCUACACCCAAAUUAUGAGUUUGAAAGUAAAAACGCUGCUGAAAAUCUUUCUAUACUCUAUAGUAGGUCCAAUAAUUUUAUAUUGUCUCUUUUUCGCCUUUCUACAUUAUCAGGAAAGCUUAAUAACAAUACAGACGAAAAUAAUAAAGAUAGAAGAAAAGAGACCAAUAUACAGGAUAUACACAAGAAACAAGGACACUGGAUACUUGAAGCAUGUUUUCAUUGUACUAGACCGGUUGGGUUUUAAACGAACCGACAAUGAUUCAAACUGGGACUUACUAUGGGCCCAUGACUAUCCAUUCAGAAUUUUAUCGUCCAACUUAAGCAAAUUAGAAGACCAUCAACGUGUUAAUCAUUUUCCCGGUUGUGGAUACAUUACAAACAAGGUAGAUUUGUCUACAACAGAAGGUCGGCACAUCCUUCCAGCGUUUAAGCUACCGGAACAGCGGGAUGAGUUUUUAAAAUAUGCUAAUGAGCAUCCUGAGAAAACUUUUGUGGAGAAAUCUAAUGAUCAUCGCGGCAUAAGAGUGAAAAAUACAAGCGACAUAAACUUGACAGUAACUGGAUCAUUCGUACAAGAAUUUAUACAGCAACCAUUUCUUGUUGAUGGUUACAAGUUUGAUAUUGGAGUGUAUACUGUAAUUACUUCAAUUGAUCCCCUUAGAGUAUAUGCGUACAAAGGUGACGUUCUAUUUAGGUUCUGCCCUAUCAAGUAUUAUCCAUUUGAUCCAGAAGUAUUAGACAAGUAUGUAGUUGGGGAUGAUUAUUUGCCAAUAUGGAAUGUUCCUUCUUUGAAACAAUAUUACACUAAGUUAGGAUUUUCAAUGAAGGAAUCAUUCGAUGCUUAUGUAAGAUCACAGGGGUACGACCCGCAGAAAGUAUGGAAUGGUGUACACGAAGCGAUAAAAGAAAUAAUCUUGUCAAAGGAAAGUUAUAUCAAGGAAGCUAUGAAAUAUUAUGGAAACGGAAGAAAUUUCUUUGAACUGGUUAGAUUCGAUUUUGCUCUUGAUGAAAAUCUGAAUGUGUACACCAUGGAAGCCAAUAUGUCACCGAACUUAUCUUCUGCCCAUUAUCCACCGAAUCAGUUGCUUUAUGAGCAAGUUGUGUAUAAUAUGUUUGCUUUAGUAGGUGUGGGGCAAAGAGUCAAGAAAGAUUCUCUAAAGAUAAGUAAGAUGGAGGAUGAAAUGAUGGUAGCCGAUAAAAACUUAGUAGUUCUCCCAAAACUUUGUGCAGAAUGUAAUGAUUGUUUCCGUGUAGAAUGUCAACUUUGUAGACCAUGUUUUACAACUGAAACUAAACUCAUCUUGUCUCAAAGCUAUCUUGAACAUCAAAAUAAAAUGGACUUUCAGAGAGUUUUUCCUCCACCAAUAACGAAAGGUAUGGUGUUAAAGGAUUACACAUUAAGAAAUCAAUUAUUAGUUAGGUGGUAUCAAGGAAAAUGCGAGAUAGACCACUCAUGGUGUUCAUAAGUACUUCUAAGCUAGAACAUAUUUAUAUCAAUUUAUUAUAAAUGUUUUUAAAUACUUAUAAAUAUGAAAUAAAUUUAUAUAUUAGGUACAUUUAGUGAUAUGAUAACAUAUAUUAAUAUACAUUCCUGGCAGUGUACAUCAACUUAUAUGUUACAUAUUUUUAUGCGCAGAAUAUUUUAUUAAAAAAGAAGUUUUUCUCGUUUUAUUUAUUAUUUAUGUGUCACACUAUUUAUUAUGCAUCAAAAUAAAAAUUAUAAUUCUU